CUUUGUCCUCCGACUUGACAACAAUAGUCAGACUCUCGGGGAAUGUUCCUCGGCUGUCCUACGAAGUUUUCGGCAACAUUUUUUUUAAAACUACGACUGACUGAGUAAUGGACACGGUGCUAUACACUAAUGUCAUGUAGUAAAGGGAGAUCGGAGGAAAUUAAACGGUUGGUGUCCUACAUCUGAGCAUCUGCUUCUCAUCACUGUGAUUUAAGAUAGAGUUAAACCACAUCACAGCCUUCCAGCCAUCCCACACCAGCCACUAUGUCCUAGCUAAGAGCAUCCCUGCCCCCCUCCCCUGACCAUCCUGUCCCUUAAAUCCCAGUCCCCCUCUCCGUGUUCGUCCCUGUCCCCAUCCCUCAUCUCUUCUCCUGAUGUGGUGAUUUCUGGACGUAGCACCAGCAGCGCCCCCUCUGGCGCGAUGAGCACUCUGCACCAGCAGCAUCAUGGCAGCACGGGCUCAGAGCGAGACCUUCACUCUGCUGCCUCAUCUGUUAGCCUCCCCUCAGUUAGAAAGACCCCCAAGAAGCGCCGUCUGUCCCUCCACUCACUGUUCGGUCGACGACGACGGACUGAUCGCGACCCAAAGCGUAAGUCCAGGCCUCUGCAGGCUGGCGCCGGAGUGGACAGAGUUGUUAGCACAGAAAGUGUCCAGCCAGAGACUUUCCAAGAUAAAACUUCUGCCCAGUCUGCACUGGGCGCAGCAUCGACUUCAUCAGUGUCAGGUUCUUCAUCAGAGCUGCUGGAGUGCCCUUUGUGCCUACUGCGUCAUGCCCGCGAGCGCUUCCCAGACAUCAUGACCUGCCACCACCGCUCCUGUGCAGACUGCUUGCGACAGUAUCUACGCAUCGAGAUCUCUGAGUCUCGAGUCAACAUCUGUUGUCCCGAGUGCUCAGAGCGCUUCAACCCUCAUGACAUCCAGCUGAUCCUUGGGGACCGGGCCCUCAUGGAGAAGUACGAGGAGUUCAUGCUGAGGAGGUGGCUGGUGUCUGAGCCUGACUGCCGCUGGUGCCCUGCCCCUGACUGCGGGUACGCAGUCAUUGCGUUUGGCUGUGCCAGCUGCCCAAAAAUAACCUGUGGGCGUGAGGGCUGCGGGACAGAGUUCUGCUACCACUGCAAACAACUGUGGCAUCCCAACCAGACAUGUGACACAGCACGGCAACAAAGGGCCCAGACCUUCAGGCUGAGGAGUUUCAGGUCCUCCUCCCUCAGCUACAGCCAAGAGAGUGGAGCUGCAGGUGAUGAUAUCAAACCUUGCCCUCGUUGUGCUGCCUACAUCAUCAAGAUGAAUGAUGGAAGCUGUAAUCACAUGACCUGUGCCGUCUGCGGCUGCGAGUUUUGCUGGCUGUGCAUGAAGGAGAUCUCUGACCUGCACUAUUUAAGUCCAUCGGGCUGCACCUUCUGGGGGAAGAAGCCCUGGAGCAGAAAGAAGAAGAUCCUCUGGCAGCUUGGCACAUUGGUGGGAGCACCCGUGGGCAUCGCCCUCAUAGCCGGCAUUGCCAUUCCUGCAAUGAUCAUUGGCAUCCCAGUCUACGUGGGCAGAAAGAUCCAUAAUCGCUAUGAGGGCAAGGACAUCUCUAAACACAAGAGGAACUUGGUAAUAGCUGGUGGUGUGACACUGUCUGUGAUUGUGUCACCUGUGGUCGCAGCAGUAACUGUCGGCAUCGGCGUCCCCAUCAUGCUGGCUUACGUCUACGGAGUUGUCCCGAUCUCACUGUGCAGGAGCGGCGGCUGUGGAGUGUCUGCUGGCAAUGGCAAAGGGGUGCGAAUUGAGUUUGAUGACGAAAAUGACAACAUUGGUAGCGGGGCAGCAGCCACAGACACAACCUCGGUGGCUGAAACUCGGCUCAACAAUCCCAGCCUGGGAGACGGUGCAAGUGUGGGCGGCCUGACGGGCCUGAGCCUCAGUGUCAGCGGGAGCCACAUGGAGCGCUGUGGCAUGAGCUCCACUCAGCGGGACAACAUGAGCGACAACGCCAGCACCACAGCGCUCGCUGGGACCAGCAUCACUGGCAGCCUCUCUGGCAGCUGCUACAACAGAAUGGAAGUGCAGGCUGAUGUCCAGAAGGAGCGCUGCAGUCUGAGCGGAGAGUCGGCCACCGUCAGUCUCGGGACAGUCAGUGAUAAUGCAAGCACAAAAGCCAUGGCAGGAUCCAUCCUCAAUGCCUACAUGCCUCUAGAAAGAGACAAUAUUCUGGAAGUUCAGGCAGACGUGGAGUCCAAACAGGAGAAGGUGAGGCACUGCAGCACCAGCAGCAGCCUCGAUGAAGCCAGCUGUAGCAGCAGCACCGCCGGCCUUAAAGGUGCUAGCGGUGGCACGUGCACCUGCACCACCGUGUGCUGCUGUGUGCAGCACGACAGCCACGGCUGCCCCUCAUCCCCCUGGCCAAAAGAACCCUCCACUUCAGGGGACAAGAAGAGCAAAGGAAAGCUUUGGAAAAGAGCCAACAGUAGCAGCAGCAGCAAGGGAGAAGCUAAAGUUAACACAAGGGGAGAUAUGGAUGCUCAGCUCCUGGAGCAGCGCAGCACUAACUCCUCUGAGUUUGAUUCGCCAUCUCUGAGCGGCAGCUUGCCCUCAGUGGCCGACUCCCACUGCAGUCACUUCUCAUCAGAGCUCAGCUGCUCGGACCCUGAAACCUCGCGACCAGCUCAUCCACCCUCCUGCGCCCCAGUGGACCAUCACCACACCGCCGCCUUCGGCGACGUCACCAUCACACCCAUGCCCGAGGUGGAGCACGACCGCCUGGAGCAUUAUCCACUCAAGAAUAACCAAACAGCCUUCACCCACCGCCUGCUAUCAUCCUCUCCGCCUGCUUCACCAAAAGAGGGAAGCAGUGCCAUGUUUCUGUACAUCAGUGAGGAGGGAGGAGGAGGUGGAGGCGGCGGUGGCAUCGUGGACACUGAACCAGAGAAAGACGAGAGGAUAAAAGAGACCAAAAACAUUGCAGCACAGCCUGAAGGCCCAGCAAAGAAACGCUGUAUACAGACAGAUAUCUAAAGGGACUCUCCUUUUCUUUGGAUGCUGGUGGUGAUACCACCGCUAGCUCAGUUAGCCUUAUUACCUAAUUUCACUGUUGACUGCGUCUAGGGAUGCUUUUGAAGAACUUUAAGGCUAUAAGUUUUAGUCUAAUUAUGUUUUAUUUGCGUGGAAGCAGGAAUAUUAUGUGAAUGUCAGUCUGUAUGGUGACAGAAAGGGUUGAUGUCCAAGUUUGGAGGAGAUUUUGUGAACAAGGUAAACAGGAGCACAGAAAAGUCGGAGCAGAUGAGUUGGUUCUGUUCUUCAGUGACAGGAAAAUCAUACAAGUAAGAAUCAGGAGUUUUAGCCAAGUCAGUGGGUAGAGUUGAAUGUAUGUGGACAGAUGUAAAGUAUGUUAUCAAGCUUGUGAGUUACUGCAGAAGGCCCGUCCAGCUGUUAUGAUGAUCUGCAAAGUCCCUGAAUGAUUUUCCAAAUUUAAGCUCAAGAUCCUUUUCCUGAUCCUUACAAAAAGCAGAACUGAUAAAAGCUGGAUAGGAAGAAAUCAGUGUCCGAUAUUCUCUUCAAUAGUAACAUGAGCUGCUAUUUUAAAGGCUGGACUUAUUCUCCCUGGUGACAUCUGCAAACAUGUUUUCUUCGAGGGGUUUGCACGAAGCAGGGGUGGAUAUGUCAUCACUGUGGUCUACCGAUGUGCCACCAGUUCAUUCUGUGUCUUCUUAAAAUGGCAUGAGAAACACCACAGCUAAAGGAUUGUUGAACCUGAAGAGGGACCAGUCCAUACAGUAGCAAAUUUUAUUUUUCAUAAUCAUUUUAAAAAAUAUAUAUUAUUGUUGUUGUUGCUUUUUCUUUAAAAUGUGACUCUCCUGUUUUUUUUUGUGCUAUGUCUUUGCUUAAUUUUAUUUUCCAUUUUGGGAAAGUUGGUUUUUAAUGUGGAAGCCCAGUGUUGGGUCCAAACUUUUUUUGUAUAAUCAGGUGAGACGACUCAAAAGCGUAGCCUUUAUUCCUUUUUAAAAUAUUGUGGAUUUAAGACCGUUGCCAUCUUGCAUUAAUUCACCUUCACAAGCCCCUGUUUGCACUGGCAACAACAAUGUUUUUUGGGGUUUUUUGUUUGUUUGUGGUCACACCUGUGCUAAUAUAACAAAUUUUUCACUGCAGCUUUUAUAUCAUGGAAUUAUUAGAAGUAUAUUCAAGAAAGGGAGUUUUUUUUAAUUAACUUUCUUUAUUCAAGAAAGGGAGUUUUAAGCUAUUCUUAGUAAAUGUAACAGAGUAAAGCAGAAAACCCGGUUUUUAAAUUUGAAAAUAGCAUUUCUCACAAUUCAUUGCCAGAAAUUGGCCACUAAAAUUAUAAAGUCAACCAAACCAAGCUCUGAUACAUUUACAAGUGCAAUGAAAAACUACUCUUGUGUAUUUAAGCACAUACAUGUCAAUCAUUUAUUGAUCAGUAGCGAAUAUGAUGAUGAAUUGGAAAAAUUUUGAUUCUCGCUCACCAAUAUCCAAUCAAAAUACAAUUUUUCACUCAGAGCUUUGGGUGUAUUUCACAGUUUGUUUUGAGUUCUCUUAAACCUUAAUGAUUAAUGACCCACAGUGCCUUUUGGGGUAAAAAUCCUUUGUAUAUUGUUUUUAUUUUUAUGUCCUCAUUCUGUAUGUCUUCAAAUGAUAAACCUAAAGAUCAUGACAGGAUGAAUUAUUUUCACCUCAUAAAACCCUUGAAAUCCGAUGCUAAAUAUUCACCCUCUCCUGAGUGCGGAUGUUGGCUGUCAGACUAGCUUGUUAAGCCUACCAAAGACUGUUUUCAGGCCACUGCAGCUUGAACUACAACACUUGACAGAACCGCGAAUGGAGCUGACGACUGACUGAAUGAUUUCCUUGUGGAAAUCUAAAUACAUUAGGAGAGUUAGAAAGAAAGUUAGAAAACUGGCAUCUGCAGACCAGAAAAGCAGGGGCAAUAAAACAUUAGAAUAAGCUCAUUUGAGAGGCAGCACUUUAAAUCUCAAGAACGGAAACCUUGUUUUUAGGAAUAUUUACCUAAAGUAGCCAGAGUCAGUUCACCCGUGUUGUUGGUCAGCUCCUGUUGGCAAUAAAACCCUGUCUAUCCAAAGCCAUCAACUUUUGGAGCGUCAGAUGUUGUGGUUAGCAGCUGUUGUGAAUUUUCAGCCUGGCCACAGAUUACCAGUCGAGCUUAGCACGAUCCGUCUGGGAGUAAGACGCCUGGGAAAAAGUUUCGAUGCACCUCAAAAGCCUCGAGCUGUGAGGUAUUCCCCAUCGUGUUUUUGUUCCUUCUGUUAAAUUCCUGUGAGUUCUAUAUUAUUAUUUGAAGACAAGUGCCAGGUCUGUUUCCUAACUUGGUCAAAAGAAGCUUAUGUUAUUUGAAAAAGUAUAUGUUUCCCCAAUUAUUUGCUUUAUAAUGUGCAUGUAAAUGCAUAUCCUUAAACAAUAAAACUCUCAUUCAAACUUG